AUGUUGUUUCCAGUACCUACUGGUAAUAUGUUGUUUCCAGUACCUACUGGUAAUAUGUUGUUUCCAGUACCUAGUGGUAAUAUGUUGUUUCCAGUACCUACUGGUAAUAUGUUGUUUCCAGUACCUACUGGUAAUAUGUUGUUUCCAGUUCCUAGUGGUAAUAUGUUGUUUCCAGUACCUACUGGUAAUAUGUUGUUUCCAGUACCUACUGGUAAUAUGUUGUUUCCAGUACCUACUGGUAAUAUGUUGUUUCCAGUACCUAGUGGUAAUAUGUUGUUUCCAGUACCUACUGGUAAUAUGUUGUUUCCAGUACCUACUGGUAAUAUGUUGUUUCCAGUACCUAGUGGUAAUAUGUUGUUUCCAGUACCUACUGGUAAUAUGUUGUUUCCAGUACCUACCUGUACAAAACCAGUCGAAAUCCAGGAUGUUCUGUGA